UGUUGUCCACCUUUCUCGCGGGAGUGGGGGGGGGGUGCUCAUGCAGCAGCACCUUGUGAUUGGCGCUCACGGCGGAGACUGAUGGAGCAGAGCGCGGGCAUCAUCCGGCAACAUCCACCUGCUUCCCUCCAUCCUGGACCAGUGUUGGGCUGCAACGUCAUCCGUCCCCGCCCUGCCCGAGCCCGCCUGCAGUGUCGCUGCCUCCAGAUGAGGAUGGCCGCGCUCCACGGCCUUGCCACCGAGCCUUGUCCCGACCGGCAAUUAAGGGGCUCCGGCGACCGAACCGCGUGACUCCAGCACCCCACCCCCCUCCUCCAAAACCGUCGGCCGGCGUGGAAGCGCACGAACGUGUGAGGAAGCGGCGGACUUCGAAGCUCCGGUCGCGGGGUACCGCGACGAUGAUGACCACCGCGGAGGCGCGCUAAGGAAGACGAGAAAUAAGUCAAACGCUCGAGCCCCGUCCGAGGAUUCGAGAGCGUCACGCCGUGGGAUGCCUUUUGGACCGGGUGGAGCCGCGCGUCGUUGAAUAAAAGAUGAGGGACACCCCCCACCCCACCGCCCCGCUACUCGGGAGCGGUUGAUGUUUAUUUCUGAGGGUGACGUGAGCCCAUCGCCGUCGCUGGAGACGUGAUGCGCGGGCGGGCGAGCGUGCUACAGGCGCCCCUGUCCGAGCGGUUCUUCUCCACGGCCACCACACGGUGUUUGCUUUGAUGCAAGCUGCUCCGUCUGUCUCCUUUCACAACUUGCGAGGCCUCGACGUGGAACAUGCCCGGGCCGUGUGGACGACACGACCGACUGAUAUCGCGUGGGGGCUGCAGCCAAGUGCUGUAAACAACGAUUUCAAGCGAUUUCCCCCACCCCUCUCCGUUUUCUCUUGUCCUCAAUAGGCGAGCUGGUGCUAGAGCUGACUUUGGGAAAAACGACAACAACAAAAGCAGAAUUAUAUAUACAGUAUAUAUAAUUUUUUUUGGGGGGGGGCUGGGGGGUGAAAGGAAAAAACUCAGCGAUGUCUUGUUCUCAAUAACAUAUAUACAUAACAGGGUUGUUUUUCAAAAGUGGGACGAAGCCGGGGACAACUCAGCCCAGUAGUGGGAGAACAUGCAAACUCCACGAAGGAAGGCCGCGGCCCAGAUUCAAACCCGGAACCUCAGAACCGCGAGGCAAACGUGCCAAGCUCUCGUCAAGCCCUUUCUCUAAAAGGCCAACAAGGAGCUGCCGCCAUGUCCAAAGUGGUCAGCAACAAGGAGAAGAAGUCCUUCAGCAAGAAGCUGUUCCGGAGGAGCUCCGUCCGCUCGGUGGGCAGCUUCAUGAACAGAGUUCUCCGGACUCUCUCCACUUUGUCCCACUUCAGUAACGACGAGCAGGCCGCCCGCGAUGACCAGGACGAUGCCUCGUCGCUCCCCGCCGCCCUCACCGGCGGCUCGCUGCAGUCGGACGACAGCGACUGCGGGGGCUUCCCCUUCGGCGACAAGGUGCCAGGCGUGGCCGGGCUCAAGAACCACGGCAACACCUGCUUCAUGAACGCCAUCCUUCAGUGCCUGAGCAACACAGAGCUGUUCGCCGAGUACCUGGCCCUGGAGCAGUUCCGGGGCGAGGAUGGCGGAGGAGGCGGGGGAUCCCAGACCGGCGCCGGUGCCGACACCAAGGCGAGUAAGUCCAACGGGGUCCUGGUGCAGAAGAAGUCCGGCCAACAUCAGCAGCAGCAGCGGCAGCAGGAAGAAUCCGGGGAGGUGACGGAGCAGCUGUCCGGUCUGGUUCGAGCUCUGUGGACCUUUGAGUACACGCCCCAGCACAGCAGAGACUUCAAGAACGUGGUGUCAAAGAGCGCCCUUCAGUUCAAGGGCAACUCCCAACACGACGCCCAGGAAUUCCUCCUGUGGCUGCUGGAUCGAGUUCACGAAGACCUCAACAACAUCAUCCGUCCUGACGUCAGGCCACCCAGGACGCCUCCGGUGGAGAACGAAAACGCUCCCGGAGGAUCUCCACUCCCAGCGCCCGGCUCGUUUGUGCAAGAGCUUUUCCAGGCACAAUACAGAUCCUCGCUGACUUGUCCUCACUGCCAGAAACAGAGCAACACCUUUGAUCCUUUUCUCUGCAUCUCACUGCCAAUCCCCGUACCUCACACGCGGCCCUUGUACGUGACGGUGGUGUACCAGGGCAAGUGCUCCCACUGUAUGAGGGUCGGGGUGGCCGUGCCUCUGUCUGGCACCAUGUCCAGGCUCAGACAAGCGGUGGCGCAGGAGACCAAAAUCCCCGCUCAGCAGAUCGUCCUCACCGAGAUGUACUCCGACGGCUUCCACCGCUCCUUCUGCGACGACGACGACGACCUGGAGAUCAUCCAGGAGAGUGACUCCAUCUUUGCCUUCGAGACGCCCGAGCUCUUCAGGCCCGAUCAGAUCCGCUCCAAGCGAGGCGGGAGCCCACACGCCAACCUCAACCAGAACAACUUGAAGUACAGCACGGAUAACAAUCGGUUAUCCCCGCAAAUCCAGGAGCCCGCAACCCCGCCCCUCAGCCCCAACAAGAACACGGGACCGGAGGAGAAGGUGGUGCUCUUGGUCUGUAACCGAGCCUGCGCCGGUCAGCAGGGACGCAGGUUUGGCAAUCCUUUCAUCCUCUACCUGGAGCGUACGGUCACAUGGGACGGACUCCAGAAGGAAAUUUUGGAGAAGAUGCGUCACGUCUUGCGGCCUGGAGCCGCCGUGCAGGCAGGGCCCUUCACGUUGCGCGUGGUGGGGGUCGUCGGGAUCACGUAUCUCCUGCCUCAGGAGGAGCAGCCGCUCUGCCAUCCUUCUGUGGAGAGAGCAUACAAGUCUUGCGGUGCCGGGGGGCCGCCGCACGUCAAAAUUGUUGCGGAAUGGGACAAGGAGACGAAAGACUCUCUCUUCAAAAGAGCCGAGGACGAAUACAUCCCCGAUGCUGAAAGUGUGCGCCAUAUGAAGGAGCAGCACCUCCAGCCUCAGAACUGCUCACUCGCUCAGUGCUUUCAGCUCUACACCAAAGAGGAACAGCUUGCCCCCGAUGACGCCUGGCGCUGUCCGCACUGCAAGCAGCUUCAGCAGGGCAGCAUCAAGCUGAGUUUGUGGACGCUGCCUGACAUCCUCAUUCUUCACCUCAAGCGCUUCAGACAGGAUGGCGAUCGGCGGAUGAAAAUGCAGAACAUGGUCAAGUUCCCGCUGACGGGCAUGGACAUGGCGCCGCACAUGGUGAAGAGGAGCCAGAGCAGCUGGAGUCUGCCUUCGCACUGGUCGCCGUGGAGACGGCCGUACGGCUUGGGUCGGGAUCCCGAGGAUUACCUUUACGACCUCUACGCCGUGUGCAACCAUCACGGGACCAUGCAGGGAGGACACUACACAGCUCAGUGUAAGAACUCCAUUGACGGGCAGUGGUAUUGCUUCGACGAUAGCGACGUCCAUCCCAUAUCGGAAGAGGACGUCUGCAAGCAGACGGCUUACAUCUUGUUUUACCAGAGACGCGCCACCAUUCCGUCUUGGUCUGCCAACAGUUCGGUGGGAGGAUCGACGAGUUCUUCCCUGUGCGAGCAUUGGAUCAGCCGUCUGAUGGGAAGCCGUCCGCCGAGCCAAGCGUCGUCCGGUUCCUCCAGACGGACGUCGUUGGCCUCCCUCUCCGAGUCGGCGGAGUUUGCCGGCGAACGCAGCGAGGAUGACGGUUUAUCGAGCCGCCCCGCCGUCAGAGGCAUGCAGAGGCAGAGCUUCUCCUCCAGAACGUCCAUCGCCAGUCCGCUCGUGCUCAGCGAGAACGGCCAGAAGCCUUCCUGGUGCUCUGCCAAGCUGCAGCUGCGUUCCAACUCCCCGUCGCGCUUCUCCCUGGAAUCCCACUCCUCUUCCCCGACGCUGGAAAUGAUCGGGGAGGUGGUUGACACCCAUCUGUCCACGUCCCGCUUCGGCGGUUCGCCCAAGCUCGGAGGUAAGUCCGCCCUGGCGGCGUUGGAUCGUAACGCCGGCGCGAAGAGGCUGUUUGAGCAGCUUCACCCCAAAGCGACGUCGCAGGCCGAGCUCAGAAGCUCCUCGCAGGCCGGGGACAACAACAAUCUCGUCAGCGGCGCCGAACAAUUCGCUCCUCGGCACGGCACGGCCGCUAAGGAGCAGAAACAAAGAAACGUGGCCGCGGACGGCGCGGGUGCAAAACGCAGCUCGGCAAAGACCGGCACAGAGAGCGAAAGGAGCCCCAGGAAGCGGCCCGCCGCCUCCUCCACGUCCUCCAGCUCUUUGUCUCCUGCGUCCCCGGCCGUCGUCAAGUCGCCCGCCCGAGCGCCGGCGAAGGGUGCCGCGUCCCAUCCGAGGGACAAGACCGACGCGGCGCCCAAAGCCAGCAAGGCCGCUUCCUCCAGAACGGCGACGCCUUCCAAAAGAGGCCCGUCCCAAACCCGCGACGAAUUCCAUCCCGACUCCGCCCAGCAGAGGAGGAGCGCUUCGCCGGCAAGCGCGCACCCUCAGAGGAGGACGGCUGCCAAAGGAGGCGGUGAUAAAAGCUCGGCCUCGGGAAAGACCAAAGGAGCCGACAGGAGCGCCGGCCGGGAUUCUUCGCGCACCAGCGCCGUCUCGGAGAAGAAGGUUCCCAACGGCGGUCCUCCGUCCAGGUCCGGCGCCGGCGGCAAAGCCGAGGGCAGGCCCGUUCGAGCCUUGGAGAACAGGACGGUCGCCCGAAGCUCGAGCAGCAGCUCCUCCGUGACGAGUCUGCGAUCCUCGGCCGUCGGCGCCGCGUCUGCCGCCCCGUCGUCCAAAGGUCCCCGAAGGAACAGCAAGACGGAGGACAAAGCUUUGUCCUUCUUCAAAACGGCCCUGAGGCCCAAAGGCCCCCCCAAAUCCACGGAGGGCGGCAAAGCCACGGCCUCGGACCCCAAAGCAAGUCCGGAAGACGCCGGCGGAGACGCGGCGAGAGACGGAAGCGGCAAGAAAGCCCAGAUGGCGGCCUCGGACGCCACCGCCGCCGCGGCCAAGGACAAGGAAUCCUCCAAAGGUUCCGCCGCAGCCAAACAUUUGCUGCCGCCCGCCGCUAAAUCCAAACUCUCCGAAACGAGCGAGCAGGCUUCUUCUGCCAGAGAACCUUCAAAGAAAGAAGCCGCCCGAAAGACGGCGCCGUCCAGGAAAAUCCCCAUCAACUCCACACAAUCGAGCCAGAAGUCCAAAUGAAAUCCACGCGAGCGCCCGAGGUUCAUCUCGCUCUCCUUUGUCGUGCGGCUCCGAACGCCGAGUUGACUGACGCCUUUGGCCUUCCGGUGCUGCCCGCUUGACGGCCGCCAUUCCGAACACUCGCUGUCCACUUUGUUCUGUCGUGAUUGACCAGCGGCUUUGACCAAAGCACCUUUGGAUGCUUGUGAUGAUUUCCAGGAAAUACCGGACUGUACUGCACGGAAGCACGGGCGGCCCUCACUUUAGUUUACUGCGAUGUUUUGGUGCGUUAGCAUUCGGGAGGAUUGAAAUCUCCUUCAUUAAUUAAAAAAAAAAAAAAAAAAAAAAAAGUAUAAAGUAAAAUAAAUCUAUAUCUCUAUAAUACUUGUGGCGCCCACUGGUGGCCUGGAAGCUCUCUGACUGCCACGCUGUCUCGGAACAUUCCUCUCAAAGAAGAACACAAAAGGCCAUCCGACACAACGCCGGCCCCAACCGUUCGGUCCGCUUGCACCAUCGAAUGAGAUCCGCUUCUGCUUUUGCAAAGACAACACCGCUCUUAUUUUUUUCGCUGUAGGGGCGGCGGGGACCGAGCUCAGCAUGGACUUCGGCAAAAACAAACAAAAACUUUCGAUCCAAUGUUUGACUGAUUUUGAGCCGCUCGAUGGCUUUUUUUUUUUUUUUUCCCCAUGGCGUUUGACCGGAGGUCUCAAAAUGAAUUGAUUGCUCAAUGAUGACACCAUUUUGGUUGCGUUCGGUCUGACUGCUGCUUCAAACUAAUUUUUAACAGGUGAAUCCGUUUUUUUUUUGUCCAUCGUGUCACGUUUUUGAGCGAUAGGAUCCCCGUUUUCUGAAAAAUUCUGAAAUAAAUGCGCGCCUAUGUAUGGAAAUGAAACACCGAGAUGGAAUAAUGACAAGCUCCGAAAACCAAAACAAUGCAUGGCAGGAAAUAGAACAGUAAAAACAGAACAUGACUUUCAUUUUGGAAUCAACAAAAUCUAACUCGACAGGAUCUUUUGUAUUAUUAAUUAAUUUAUUUGUUGAUUGCGAAUUGUCCGAAUCCAAACGUAAGGUCGAGCGUUUGGGGCAAGGGGGGGGGUCUCAUUUGUUUGCGCAGCUCGCCCCCGAGCAUGCGGAACGUCUCCAGAGCGCCUUUGCGGCGACUCCUCCUUCACCGCUUUGUGCACGCGUUGUGAAAAUGGUUGCAUGACGACUGGCUUCUGCAUGCACUCAACUAUGCAAGCGACGUCUCGCUCGGUUUGAUGACGUACAGCUCUUGGCUCUGUACAUAGUGUUUCUUAAGUGUUCUAUUUUUCCAAAAAACAAAACACACACAAAAAAAAAAAAAAAAAUGCCAGCAUCAGAGAGCAUGUGAAAGGCAUCCUUUAUCCACGCUUUGUUUGCACAAGUCUACAUUUUGUAUGAAUGUCCACCAACUGCUCAUGGAAGUAAACCGGCUCACUUGAAACCCGA